AUGUCAAGACAACGUGCUCAAGCUGUAUACGAGACAAUGUCGAAGCCAAAUAAUAUUCGUAAUAUGUGCGUUAUUGCACAUGUUGAUCAUGGUAAAUCGACAUUGACUGAUGCACUCGUGUGGAAAGCAGGUAUUAUUACUGAGCAACAGGCUGGUGAGCGAUGUUUUACAGAUUCACGCGAUGAUGAACGAGAAAAAGGUAUUACUAUCAAGGCUUCAUCAGUAAGCAUGUAUUAUACACUUGACGAUCAAGUACUUGGAAAUCUCAAACGAGAUGGCAAUGGUUUUCUAGUCAAUCUUAUUGAUUCACCUGGUCAUAUUGAUUUUUCGUCUGAAGUAACGGCUGCUUUGCGUGUUACUGACGGUGCACUUUUAGUUGUUGAUGCUGUAUCAGGCGUUUCUGUUCAAACAGAAACUGUUCUUCGACAAGCUCUUGCCGAACGUGUACAGUUAACAUUGAUCAUUAACAAAAUCGAUCGAUGCAUUCUCGAACAACAAUUAGAACCAGAAGAACUCUAUCAAAAACUAUCAUCGAUUGUUGCUCGUUGUAAUGCUCUCAUUGCUACUUAUCGAAAUAUCGACGAUGGUAUCUAUUCCGAUGAUCAUUUUAAUCCAAAAAUAGGCAAUGUAGCCAUUGCUUCUGGUAAACAUGGUUGGGCAUUUACUCUACCACAAUUUGCUACAAUUAUUGCUGAAAAAACAAAAGUCUUGAAAGAGAAAUUAAUUGACCGUCUAUGGGGUGAAUCAUUCUAUUCAUCUGUAAACAGAAAAUGGUUCCCUUAUGAUCAAAUAAAUUCGUAUGACGAUGCAAAACGAGGCUUUAAUCAAUUCAUUCUUCAGCCUAUAUAUCAAAUGCUUAAUGCUUGUUCGAACUUGAAUAUUGAUGAAAUUCGAACAUUAUUAGACAAAGUUGAUGUUCGAUUAUCAGCUGACAAGCUCGAUACUAAUUCACACGAUGCUAAAACGAUCAUGUCGAAUGUCAUGAAACGUUGGUUGCCAGCCGGUGAAGCGAUGCUUCAUUUGAUUGUACUUCAUUUACCAUCACCUAUACAAGCUCAAACAUAUCGUAUUCAACAUUUGUACGAAGGUCCACAAGAUGAUCAAGCGGCAUGUGCCAUGAAAACGUGUGAUCCAAAUAGUGAAGUUAUGAUUUAUAUUAGCAAAAAAAUUCCAGCUCAAGAUGGUUCUCGAUUUGUUUGUUUUGGUCGAAUUUUCUCCGGUACAAUUACAACUGGUUCAAAUGUACGAAUUCUCGGUCCGAACUAUCAACCAGGAUCACCGAACGAUGUACAAGUUAGAAAUGUGACUAGUGUAGGUGUGAUGGUCGGUGAUCGAUGUAUACCAAUGGCUAGUGUACCCGCAGGUAAUGUUGUUGCUUUGAAUGGCAUUGAUAAAUGUCUAUUGAAAACGGCUACUGUUACAACAUUUGACAAUGCACAUAAUUUUCGUGUUAUGAAAUUUUCUGUUAGUCCUGUUGUGCGUGUUGCUGUCGAUGUUCGUGAUCCGACUGAUUAUGCCAAACUAGCUGAUGGUCUCAAAAAACUUGCACAAGCUGAUUCACUUGUACUAGUGCUCAAUGAAAAUAAACAGCAUGUGAUUGCUGCUGCCGGUGAACUUCAUUUAGAAAUUUGUUUAGCCGAACUCGAAAAAGUACAUGCUCGAUGUCCAUUGAAAGUAGCUACACCAAUUGUAACCUAUCGUGAAACAGUUACCUGUGGAUCGUAUCAAACUGCAUUUACCAAAACAACAAAUAAGCACAAUAAAUUUUUUAUGCGUGCUUCACCACUUCAACCCGAAUUAGUUGAAGCUAUUGAAUCGGGCCGUAUUACAGCCAAACAAGAUCCGAAAGAACGUUCGGCUAUUUUAGUCAAUGAAUUCGGUUGGGAUCCUAUUUCAACAAAAAAAAUUUGGUGUUUCGGUCCAGAACAUGAUGGACCGAAUAUAUUAGUUGAUUCAACAAAAGGUGUCGAUGGUUUAAUCAAUAUACAAGAUGCUGUUAUUGCCGGAUUUCAAUGGGCAAGUGAAGAAGGUGUUCUUGCUCAAGAGACUCUACGUGGUGUUCGAAUUGAUUUACUCGAUGCUGAAAUUCAUCGAGAUUCGGCCCAUCGUCGACCUGAUCAACUCAUUCCAGCAAUUCGUCGAUGUCUAUUAGCAGCUAUGCGUAUGGCUGAUCCACGUAUACUUGAACCCAUAUUCGUUGUUGAUAUUGAAUGUCCAACACGUAUGAUCGGUAGAGUUUAUUCAACAUUAAAUAAACGUCGUGGACAAAUCUGUGAAGAAAAUUCAUUAAGUGGAACAACAUUAUCUCGAAUUAAGGCCUUUUUACCAGUUAACGAAUCAUUUGGUUUUACAGAAGAAUUACGUCAUUCAACAAGUGGUACAGCUUUUCCACAAUGUCAAUUCGAUCAUUGGAGUUUAUUACCUGGCGAACCAUUAGAAGUCAAUACAAAAUGUGGCACAAUUGUACAGGAAAUACGAAAACGCAAAGUUUUACUCGAACAAAUUCCAACAGUAGACUCUCUCAUCGAUCGACAAUAA